CGGCGGCCAGGGAGGAAGCGGAGGAGGCGGAGGCGGCCGUGGGGUUCGCCCGCCUGCUUUUUCGCUCGCUUUCCCCGCCCCCGCCGGUCUUGUCGCCGUUGAAGGGAGCCGGCUGCGUGCUGUCGCAACCAGCCCUCAUCCUGGCCGGCGACAGUAAGACCGAACCCACAUCACUACCAACCUCCCUGUUGAGGCGGCUGCGGCUGGGGCUCCGCGGGGCGCAGGCAAGCGGCCCAGGCGCCUGAAGGUUACCGAGUGCAUGAGCGCCUAGCCUCCCGCGCUGCCCCGCCCGCCGGCCCGCCGGCCCGCCCGCCGGCUCGCCCGCCAGCCCUUCGGCGCCCGGCGGCGACGGCGGCGGCAGCGGAGACGGCCGCAGGAGGCGCAGUCUCCCUCCCGGGUGCACGCUUCGCUCCCGGAGCCGCGGAACUCGGCGGCCGCCAUGGCGUCCAACAUGGACCGAGAGAUGAUCCUGGCAGAUUUUCAGGCAUGUACUGGCAUUGAAAACAUUGAUGAAGCUAUUACGUUGCUUGAACAAAAUAAUUGGGACUUAGUGGCAGCUAUCAAUGGUGUAAUACCCCAGGAAAAUGGCAUUCUGAGAAGUGACUAUGGGGGUGAGCCUAUAUCAGGACCUGCAUUUGAUCCAGCAAGUCACCCAGCUCCAGCUCCUGCUCCUGCUCCCUCUUCUUCAGCAUUUCGACCUGUAAUGCCAUCUAGGCAAAUUGUAGAAAGGCAACCUCGGAUGCUGGACUUCAGGGUUGAGUACAGAGACAGAAAUGUUGAUGUGGUACUUGAAGACAGCUGUACCGUUGGAGAAAUUAAACAGAUUCUAGAAAAUGAACUUCAGAUACCUGUGUCUAAAAUGCUGUUAAAAGGCUGGAAGACUGGAGAUGUGGAAGACAGUGUGAUGGCUGUAUCAAUUUACAUUCCCACCAACAACAGCAUAUAUACGUUAACUCCAGAAGUUCCUUGUUUCUCUUUCAGCCCUUUCAGUGCCCUGCAGGAGUCAUUAAAUCAAAACUUCAUGCUGAUCAUCACCCACCGAGAAGUCCAGCGGGAGUACAACCUGAACUUCUCAGGAAGCAGUACCAUUCAAGAGGUAAAGAGAAAUGUGUAUGACCUUACGAGUAUCCCUGUUCGCCAUCAGUUAUGGGAGGGCUGGCCAGCUUCUGCCACAGAUGACUCCAUGUGUCUUGCUGAAUCAGGGCUUUCAUAUCCGUGCCAUCGACUUACAGUGGGAAGAAGAUCUUCACCUGCACAGACCCGGGAGCAAUCCGAAGAGCAAAGCACCGAUGUUCAUAUGGUUAGUGAUAGUGAUGGAGAUGACUUUGAAGAUGCUUCCGAAUUUGGGGUGGAUGAUGGAGAAGUAUUCGGCAUGGCUUCAUCUGCCUUGAGGAAAUCUCCAAUGAUGCCAGAAAACGCAGAAAAUGAAGGAGAUGCCUUAUUACAAUUUACAGCAGAGUUUUCUUCAAGAUAUGGUGACUGCCAUCCUGUAUUUUUUAUUGGCUCAUUAGAAGCAACUUUUCAAGAGGCCUUCUAUGUGAAAGCCCGAGAUAGAAAGCUUCUUGCUGUCUACCUCCACCACGAUGAAAGUGUAUUAACCAACGUGUUCUGCUCACAAAUGCUUUGUGCUGAAUCUAUCGUCUCUUAUCUGAGUCAAAAUUUUAUAACCUGGGCUUGGGACCUGACAAAGGACGCCAACAGAGCAAGAUUUCUGACAAUGUGCAAUAGACACUUUGGCAGCGUUGUUGCACAAACCAUUCGGACUCAAAAAACAGAUCAGUUUCCACUUUUUCUGAUUAUUAUGGGAAAGCGAUCAUCUAAUGAAGUGUUAAAUGUGAUACAAGGUAACACAACAGUGGAUGAGUUAAUGAUGAGACUCAUGGCUGCAAUGGAGAUCUUCACGGCCCAGCAACAGGAAGAUAUAAAGGAUGAGGACGAACGAGAAGCCAGAGAAAAUGUGAAGAGAGAACAAGACGAGGCCUAUCGCCUUUCACUUGAGGCUGACAGAGCAAAGAGGGAAGCUCAUGAGAGAGAGAUGGCAGAACAGUUUCGUUUGGAACAGAUUCGCAAAGAACAAGAAGAGGAACGUGAGGCCAUCAGACUCUCCUUAGAGCAGGCCCUGCCUCCAGAGCCAAAGGAAGAAAAUGCUGAGCCUGUGAGCAAACUGCGGAUCCGGACACCCAGUGGCGAGUUCCUCGAGCGGCGUUUUCUGGCCAGCAAUAAGCUCCAGAUCGUCUUUGAUUUUGUAGCUUCCAAAGGAUUUCCAUGGGAUGAAUUCAAGUUACUGAGUACCUUUCCUAGGAGAGAUGUAACCCAGCUGGACCCAAAUAAAUCAUUAUUGGAGGUAAAGUUGUUCCCUCAAGAAACCCUUUUCCUUGAAGCAAAAGAGUAAACAUGGCCCAGCAGUGGAACCAGCCGUUCCUUGACAAGCCAGAGGCCUGCAUCAGGAGAAGGGCGCCUCGCCAAGCCACCUACACGCUCGUCUCACUCAAUUCAGUGUCACACUUCUGCCUCUUGCAAGAUUGCUGGAAAAAAGUAAUAAUAAACAUAGCUACUUAACAUUUCCCA